AUGGCCCCCCAAAUCCUUCACCGUGUAAUCCACGGCUCUCCGACGCCACAACAAUGGCAAAAAGACCUUCUCCAGUUUCGUCCCGCAGUACUGCACGGCUAUAGGAGACAUCGAGUCAGGGGAGCUGAUUAUCCGGGAAUCAUCAGAGAGUCAGAAUCGACGCAGGAUGCUGCUACGGAUGGGUCUGAGUCUGCAACAGGUAAAGCAGCGCUACCUUCAGGGCCUGAAACACGGUCGCGCGCAAGCGUUCUCGGCACUGUCGUCUCAGGCCUUACGGACGGCGAUAUCCACAGACUCGAUAUCUUCGAGGGCGCAGAGUAUAGGCGGGAAAAAGUUUCUGUGCGGAUACUGCGGGAGGCAUUAUCAAAGGACUUGAACAAUCAAGACGGGGUUCGGAAUGGGGAUGAGAACCGGGCGCAUGUGGACGCAGAUGCAGCUAGAGAUAAGCACAUCAAGGAUGUGUUGGAGGCUGCGGGGGCAGAUUUUGCAGAUGAAGAGGAGGAGGUUGAAACGGAGACGUAUGUGUGGAUUGCUGGACGGACUAUGUUAGAGGAUGCAGAAUGGGACUUUGAAGCCUUCAAGAGGGAUAAGAUGGCGUGGUGGGUUUCUGCUGAUGAAAAAUGCGUUGUAAGUUCGCAUAAGAAAAGAAGUAAAACAUGCAAACAGUCGUUCUAGGAACUCAGACUGCAAUAAGAUAAAGCAAUGCAAUGCGACGCGAUGCCAUGCUUGGUAUCUCAUGCCCCAGAAAAAUGACCACCAUCCGAAACGCCUGAAAACAUAUCUUUACUUCUAAGCAAGAUAAUAAUGCAGUUAGGGGGUUGGAGAAAGAAGAACAUGAAUAUAACCGCUAUAAGU